UUAAACAUCACAAUCAUUCAAUUCUACCCAACAAGCCCCCAAACUCCUCCUUGGCUUUUGCCUUCUUUGUAUUACCAGGUACCUUAACUGAAAGAGGAAGGAAAGUGAAACCAGAGCUGUCUCUUACCACACGGUUCUCUGUUUCUCUCUCUACGUACGGCCAUUUCUUCUACCGGAAGCUUCGUAUAUCCGUUCAUCAUCUUGGUCCCAUUACAAUACUGAUCGUUAUUGGAGUGAGAGGGAAGGAGAAGAGUGUUACAGAGAUGGAUGUGGGGAGAAGAAGAGGUGGUGGGGCUAGAAGUAGUGUGGUGCCGGGGUCGGUGUGGGAGAGCAGGAUGAAAAGUGACGAAGUAAAAGGGGGGAUUAAGGUCUUUAAUGGAGAAGAAAGUCCUGAAGAAGGAGGGGAUGGUAGGAGCAGAUUGAGAAGGAUCUCAAAUGGGAAGAGGAAGACCUGGAAAUCGGAGAGCUCUGAGGGUUUCGAUAGGAAUCUAAUUCAUGUAGCUCGGCGAAGAUCAUCGGAGACACUCAAGAACUGCGAUGAACUGAGCAAGGGCCUUAGUGUUUCUUUAGAUGGAAUUAAGAAGACCCCAAUUCUUACCAGGAAAAUUUCUUCCUCCGCGGAAAAAAUCGAGGGAAGCCCCAUUCUCAUGAGAAAGCUAAGAUCCACAUCCGCUGAGGAACCGGAAACAAAUUCGAAGCAGCUGAAGAAGUCGAAAUCAGAAUCUGUUAAUCAAAAUGUUGAGGAUGUCGAUGGGCUAGGUAACGGAGAUGCGGAGAAUUCAAUUGUACCCAGGAAGGCGAAAUUAGUACCGGACGAAGUUCUAGAUGAAUCUAAGAACAAGACUAAUGGGGUUUGCAAGGAUUUCGGUUUGUGCCAAGAAAAGAGCAUUUCAAGCCGUUCAGUAAAUGUAGGCAGGGUAAAAAAUCCUCCUGAAUUACCGGUGAAAGUUGAUGGCGACAUUAUUCCUGAUAUUGACGACGAAGCAGAUGAAAGAGUUGAAAUAGAUGAGGAGAUGAAGAUGGAGAAGGAGAAUGUGAAGGAAAUCAAUGUUUCAGAGCUUAAGACUGUGAAUGAACCACAACACAAGAAGGUUCUGAUUCAAAGGCGAUUUCAACAUGAUGAAAGGCCUGUGUCAAUCCUUCGUACAGCGAGACAAUCUUCCCCAAUUAAAAGGCAUUCUACAAUUUACGACAAUUUCAGGAAAUCUCAUUCAAUUCCAACGGCUGAGAAGCACCAUAGCUUUCCACAUACCCAGAACAAGUUGCAGAGUCUAGUGGAUUUAAUCAUGUGGAGAGAGGUCUCAAGAUCAGCAUUUGUCUUUGGGACUGGAACGUUCAUCAUAAUCUCAUCUUCUUACCCAAAGGAUAUCAAUGUGAGCUCUAUUUCCGUGAUGUCCUAUCUUGGCCUUGCUCAUCUCGCUGUCAUCUUCCUUUACAGAUCCUUCAUCUGCAGGGGAGUUAUAAAUUUUGAUCGCACAAAUCAUGUAUUGGGAGAGGAAGAAGCAAUUUGGGUAAUAAAACUGAUUCUGCCUUAUUUGAACGAGUUCCUGUUAAAACUCAGAGCCCUCUUUUCUGGUGAUCCUGGUACCACCAUGAAGAUGGCAGUUUUGCUCUUUGUUUUAGCCAGAUGGGGCAGCUCCAUAACUAUUUGGAAGAUGGCCAAAUUCGGCUUCUUUGUUGUCUUUAUGGCGCCAAAGCUUUACUCUCUCUAUUCUGCACAGUUAGCUUCAUACGCAAAUUCUUGGGUGAAGCGAGUGAGGGAAGGUUGGGAUUCAUGUAGUCACAAGAAAGCAGCGGGUAUCGGCAUCUUUGGCCUUGUGUGGAAUCUGUCAUCAGUCGUUGUUCGCAUCUGGGCAGUUUUUCUGCUAAUAGUAGCAUUAAGAUAUUAUCAAGAAAAUCAAAUGGGAAGAGAUGAAUGGGGGGAGGAAGAAGAAGAAGAAGCAGCAUGUGAAGAAGAAGUUGGAGUUGGAGGGCAUGGACCCACUUUUCUUCAAACAAAUAAACCCAAGAAAGCAUUUUAAGGGCAAUCCAUGGCGGAGUUGGUCCCACAUUUUGAAUGUGGUGUUCCAAUCUCAGGUACUUCAUUCAACCAUGAUAGCAGGAUCUGAAUCUCUCACAGCUUCUGAUAGUGAUAAGUGAUAGCAACUCACAGUGUUUUCUUUUCCCGCUGUAAAUUUUUGUUAGUUAGAGGGUUAUUUUGGGUAAGGAAAUAAGGAGACGUUAUAUUAUAUUCUUUUAUCAUAAAGAAUGUUGUUCCGUGGUAACUGCUUAAUUA